UGAAGGCUAUCGCUACGGUCUGUGCCGCCGCCAUGAGCUCUUUCCAGGGCCGCAUGAGAGAGUAUCCCGCUAUGUCCAUAGACAAGUUCGACAGGGAGAACCUCUCCGCUAAGGCGUACUUCCUGUCCCACUGCCACAAGGAUCACAUGAAAGGACUACGAGCUCCCCUCUUGAAGCGAAGAUUGCAGUGUUGCCUGAAGGUUUACUUGUAUUGUUCUCCAGUCACAAAGGAACUGCUGCUAACAAAUCAAAAGUAUGCAUUUUGGGAAUCUCGCAUAAGAGCAAUUGAAGUGGAUACUCCAACUCAGAUUUAUUUGAUUGAUGAAGCUACUGAUGAAAAAGAAGCUGUUUUGGUCACACUUUUACCAGCGGGUCACUGUCCAGGCUCUGUAAUGUUUUUGUUUCAAGGACAAAAUGGUACCGUUCUAUACACUGGGGAUUUCAGGCUGGCUAAAGGAGAAGUUGCUCGUAUGGAACUCUUGCAUUCUGGAAACAGAGUGAAAAACAUUGAAAGCAUUUAUUUGGAUACAACAUUCUGUGACCCCAAAUUUUUUCAGAUUCCUAGUAGGGAGGAAUGCUUGAUCGGGAUUUUAGAGUUGGUACGCAGCUGGAUAACGCUGAGUCCUUACCAUGUUGUCUGGCUUAACUGCAAAGCAGCUUAUGGAUAUGAAUAUCUAUUCACAAACCUGAGUGAGGAAUUUGGAGCAAAGGUGCACGUGAAUAAAUUAGAUAUGUUUAGGAACAUGCCUGAGAUUCUUUGCCACAUUACAACUGAUUCCCGGACACAGAUUCAUGCGUGUCGGCAUCCACUGAAUGAAGCAUUUCUGCGAAUGAACAGAUUGCCCUGUGGAAUGUAUUCACGUGAUGGGGUCCCUUUGCGUGUCAUCUCAAUUAAACCAUCAACUAUGUGGUUUGGUGAGCGGACCAGGAAAACAAAUGUGAUUGUGAGAGCAGGAGACAGCUCGUAUAGAGCGUGCUUUUCCUUCCAUUCGUCAUACAGUGAGAUUAAGGAUUUUCUAAGUUACAUCAAACCUGUAAAUGUUUAUCCCAAUGUGAUUCCUGUUGGAAAAACAUUAGCCUAUGUAGAGGAAAUCUUGAAGCCUCUCUGUAGAUCUUACUUGGAAAGCUCAGAAAUUAAGUAUAUGCCACUGGGUUGUCUGAAGAGAUCUCGGAGCACAACUUUACAGGAUACAGAUGAGGAUGGUAAUGAGGAUUUAUUUGAUGAUUAUCCUUUGACUGAUUUGAAGCACAAGAUUCACAGAGAUGAUAAAUGGCCAUCUAGGAGUCUCUUGGCUGUCAGACUUGAAGACAAACCCAUAGAAAUGACCAUUGCUACCCCAGAACCUAUUGCUGCACGAGGAGACUUCAUGGAAUGUGAGGAAUCUAAUGGAGAGGAUGAUGAUGAAGAAGAGGAAGAAGUCGAUGGCCUAGGAUCAAUUAAAACAAACGAUACUCUGACAAAUGAAGACACUUCCUCAGAAAUCAGAGACCUAGAUGGGAAGAAUAAGUUGCAUGAUUGUUUACCACAAGCUGCCAAAGCACCAGAGGAGGCCCAGCCCCAAUGGCGUUCUUUCUUUCAGUCUGUUUCUGCGGAAGGUGGUGAUGCCUCACUCAUUGAAAACAAUGUUGUACCUUCUGGAAAAGAAGGAACUUCUCAAUCACCAAAACUGUUCAGUGACUCUGAAGAUGAUUCAACUCAUAUAUCCUCUAUGAACUCCUCCCAAUCUACCCAUAUCUCUGAGCAAGGCAGUCAAGGUUGGGACAGUCAGGCUGACACUGUGCUACUUUCAUCACAAGAAAAGAGAGCAAUUGACAUGUGCACUUCAAAUAGAACUUGCUAUAAUCUAUCAGCCAUUUCAGAGAAUGGAUUUCCUGGACACUCCAAAAUGGAAUCCACACAAAGUGAGAACUGUGCUUUAUAUCAUGGCAGAGUGAGGAAUCAAGUUAUAAAACCAAGUUUUAGAGAGACCGCAGAAUGUAUGCACUGUUCAAGGGAUCAGGCUGUUCACUGUGACAGUAAGCCAGAUUCCCAGGAUUCAUCCGAUUUUGAAAUUCCAUCCACACCUGGAGCUGAGCAGCCUCAACCAGAAAAACUGCAGCACUUGUAUGAACAACUGGCCACACGAGACACUGUCACAGAAGAGCAACAACAUUGAACUUCUAAUCAUGUUAUAUAUUUUUUAAACGUUAAAAAGAUAUAAUUCUAUUUUAUGUUAUUCAAAUUGUCCAUAAUGUUUUUUUUACAUUCAGUCUAGCAGACAUCUGUUUAGUGCCUACACAUUGUGGGGGAGAUGUAAUAUGCCUUGGAGGGAUAAAGUACCAGCCAAUCAGUCUCUUAACUGCCAUGGUACAGGCUUUGUUUGAAAAAAAAAAGACAGAAGCUGAUUGGAUGGUACUUUAUCUCUCCAAGGUGUAUUACAUCUCCUCUCUGUUUUUUGUAAUCUAAUGUUGUAAAAAGACCUUCAGAAGUUUUUGUAGAAUUUGUAAAACAAGACUUGGUGUACGGCAGAGAUUUGGACCAAAAAGCAAAGGUAUUUUGAGCUAUUGUUGGGUCUACGCGUAAAUUUUGCACAAAAAUGUAAAUAUAUAAAAAAUUAAAAAUGUGAUGCUCAUAGCAGCUGCGCUGUUGAAAUCCAUUUUAUUAUGGAUGCAGGUGAGCUCCUUCAUUAAAUUUAAGCUGAGUAA